UGUUUCAUUAAUCAUAUUGAUUCUGAUUGAAUCAUAUUGUUAUUACUAGUGCAAGCAAGACUGCAGCUUAACGGUAUCGCAUGAACUGCGAAUAACCUCACUUUAGCGUCUUGUGCCUGCAUAGCGGCUCUGUUACCAACUACUAGUUAUUCAAAUCUUAUUUAUAUUUAUCCCACAAUUAUCCUCAAAGAUAUACACAGAUAUACCUGGCCUUGAUCAGACUUUACUGACACCAAUUUAACUAUCCACACCGCCUUCGUGAUCUUUAAGGCAGUCCACUAUUUGGACUUUUCUCAAACUAACACCACAACCUCGACAAGAUUUGCCUCAGCGACAUGCGAGAGCUAUGGCAACAGGACCGCAAGCAUUCUAUUGCCUGUGGCAGAAGGAGCGUAUCCGUGAGAAGCUCUUCGAAUUACUACCAAAACAAGACAUCUGCAAUAUCCGACUCGCAUCUUCAGCAUGCUGCAAUCUCGUUACUAAACGGCUUUUCUUACGAACCAACUUGACUUUCACGGCGCAAACAUUUACUCGGCAAAAUAGGAUCGACGCAUUGUCGAGAAUAGGCCAACAUAUAGAACAUCUCACCUUUUCUUUUCCGCAUUCCGAUGCUACAUUUUUACCCCCGCUAAUCCACCCCGAAACUGGGCGUGAGAUUAGCUUCUUAUAUAAGCCUCACACUUCUAUGGCUUCCGUUCUGGAGAGGCCUAAGUUCGCCAAUUCGGGGCUUGGCGAGAUCCUCACGGAUCAGUAUCCGCCAUUGUUCCACGCAGCGUCUAAUGUACCGUCCUUCAUUAACGCGAUGAAGUACCUGACAAAUAUGAGGCAUCUUUCAAUAAAAACACCAGGCCAAGACCCGAGGGAGAGAUACCGGAGGGAUAUUGUUGACUAUGCACUUAUUAGUCUACGAAUCUCACUUGAGAGGGCGCCGGUGAGGAAGCUGACAAAACUUUCGCUAUCAUCAGUCCACCCGUCUGCCUUUAUCUAUUUGCGGCAUGUCAUAGGCUUUGGUUGUCUACCAUCAGCAGCUCGACGAUGGAGGCAGAUCCGAAAGCUUCAUAUUACCGUAGAGUCAUGGGACUUUUAUGGUCCUUCGCCAGGACUUGAUCAUCUGAAGAUGCUCGAAGACUAUAUCCGGGACUUUUCAACAAACCUAGAAAAGUUAACGUUUACUUGGCUGGGUCAAAAGGGGCCAUGCCCGCUGUCUUUGGCGGCCGACCCAUUGUUUGCGCCGCCUCGGAGUUCACAAAAACUAUUCCAUGAAGUCACCUCACCUAUGUCACCAUUACCACCGACGCCAUUAAGAAAGCCUAUUGUCUUCCGAAAGCUGCGUUACAUGGCAAUUCGGAAUUCUACAAUGAACUCGCCCCAAGUAGCUUCUCUGGUCGCGACGCACCAACAUAGUGUUCGCGAGUUUGAUUUCGAGAAUACGGUUUUGAUCAAUGAUGGUAGUUGGGAUGAUGCAUUAGCGCCUUUGACGGACAAUACUUCUCGUAGCGGCCGUUGGACCCGGCACUCAAUGGCGACCAUAUCUGAAGAAGUCGCGAGUAUCCAUCCUGAAGAUGUAGAUGACGAACUAUCGGAGGAAUCGCCUGCUGUUUACGCGGUAUCCCAGGAGCUCUUAGAUCUCGAUCUCAAUGAUGGCGAAGGUAACGAAGGUGAACAAUAUGCACCACCAGAGCAGGAGGAAGACCUUCUUGACCUACCUUCAGACCUAGAAGCUGCACGACAAGCUAGUAUCUCGUUUCCGAACAAAAUUAAGAAACGUCGCGUUACGAAGAAGCGCCGCAGGAGGAAGCCGAAUCAUGACCAUACAGAAGAUGAGCAUAAACAUCGUGAACGGCAUCAUCACCGGCAACUUUCCGAGGAUUCAAUAGACCAGCCUAUCCAUGAACAUCGUCGACACCGCCGCCAUAGGGAGCCAAAGACCAAGGAACCUCCGGUGGAGCAAUUAGAGAUGCAUCCUCAUACCCACAGCCACCAGCCCUCAAUCGAAUCAUUCCACCGUCCCCAAGAGCCGCCCCGCCUAUCCCAAACCUCUACCCCACGGCUCUUCGGCGAAGUCAACAGCGUAUACUCCACCUCCUCCGCCUCCCGCCGCCUCUUCGGGGAAAUCUCCCAACUCUCAGCCCCAGGCUCCGAACCCGAACUCACAAACUCACCACUCGACGAAUCGGACUUCGUAAUGGACGACUACUACCGUCCCAGCACCCCUCCCACACUCUCUCCCCUAGACAUCUCCCCCCCAAUCCUCAACACAGACCCCAGCAUGCCCAUCCUCCUCGAAGCCACAGUCUACGACCCCACCGCAGACCUGUGCUCCGAAAUCUCCGCCGUCCAGCGCGAUAUCGAGGCCGAGGAGGCCCAGCGCCGCGUUGCUGAAGACCCGGAUAUCCAGACCAGUGCGCUGCGACGCGCGAAGGAACUCGUGCUGAGUCGUUUGGGUAGCCAGUUUUCGGCGGGGAGUAGUUGCUAUAGUAAGAAGAGUGGGGUGAGUUCGCGGAAGGAGAGUUUUGGCGCUGGGGGCUUUUUGAGUGGGGCGAGGUUCCGGGAGGGCUUGUUUGGAAGGGGAGGUGUGGGGGGAGGAGCGGCGCUGGAUCAUCGGAGUAUGGAUGUGCCGAUUUUGUUUAGUCGGGGGUGAUUACUUAUGACAUAUGUGGGUGGUAGUGAUGUGUGUGAUGAUACUUUUAUGAGGAUAUGAGGGGAGGUGUAUGAGGUGAUGUUAUGUUUAUGUGUUAUGACUUGUAAUGACUAGAUUUAUUUCUCACGAUCGCUAUGGAUGAAUAUUACAUUCUUUUUGUAUAUCUAUUUUGAAUAUAUCUUUACAAACCUACCUUCUUUUCGAUCUGAU